AUGAGGAUGCAGCCGGUGGCCCUGGUCUAUGCAGCUCUGAUGGUGGUCUCCAGUCUGUGCUCUGUGUGUGGUAACGUGGUUCUACUACUGGUGGUUCUGCUCAACAAGGAGCUCCGCACCGAAACCUGGGCGCUGACCCUGAGCUUCUGCCUGAGUGACCUGGCCCUGGGUCUCUCCACCAUUCCCUUCGGAGUCCAUAACAGCCUGUUCAGGCCGCAGGGCUACCCCAGCGACGGGCCCCUCUGCCAGGGCAGCGCCUUCCUCUACCUGCUCCUUCAGUUGGCCUCCAUCCACUCCCUGACCUGGGCCACCAUCGACAAGUUUACAGAGAUCUGCUUCGCCCUGAGCUACACCACCAUCUGCACAUCCAGGAGGAUCAGGGUGGUGCUGGUCCUGGUGUGGCUCUACUGCCUGAUCAACGCAGCCUUGCCACUGCUGGGCUUCGGCAGCUACACCUACAGCAGCACCAGGUUCCUGUGUGGCCCCAGCUUCCAGCCAGACUACAGGGGCUUCAGUAUGCUCUUCAUCAUGGUCGGGAUCAUAGCACCCAUACUCAUUAUGUGCUCCAUGUAUGCGUACAUUGUGUAUAUUGCGAGGAAACAGGUGCGGCGGGGGACGUUCGUUUGCAACGACCAGCACUGUUUUUAUGUCCCUGCUAAUAACUACUUCAGGAGCUCCAUAGUGAUGGUGGCAACUGUGGGUGAGUCUCAUUGGUGGUUAAACUUGUGAAUAGUACAGUGAAGCUAUCGAUUUGUUUAUGUAAUUUAUUUCAAACAAAGCAAGGCAUAAGCCUUUGAUAUAACAAUUUGAUAUACUCUGAGCACCGAGCAGAUAGACACAGAAUAAAAGCCUUUUAUGUAAGGACAAAUGCAAAUAAGAUUUCAAGGUCCAUCAGUGGCUGUUAUUAAAUACAUUUUUCUGUAGGCUACAUUUGUAACCGGUGAAAUUCAGUCUUCUUCAAUUUGUUAAUAUUAAUGUGCUACAAUACCAUUACAUGCAUCACAAUAAGGCUCAUUGUUAUGGAGUCUCGCAAAUAUAUAAAUAUACUAAAUAGAAUUCUUGUAAUGUUACCGUAAUUAGUCUAAUAACUGCCUGUCUAUUUCUCCAUAAAUAUACUUUUCUAUCAUAAUUACUCUAAUAAUCUCCUGUCUAAAUUCUCUCCAUUGUCAGUGUGCUUGCUGGUGUGCUGGCUGCCUUACAUCUCCACCUGUUUCUAUGAGACGUUUAGUGGCUAUGACCCGCCAGCAGCAGCCUCAGCCGUGGCUACCUGGCUCGUCCUCCUCACCUCCGCUCUCAACCCAUGGAUCAACUCCAUGACACAGACGUAAGCAAUAGCCAACAACUGCUCCCCGGGCACCAAUGACAUGGACGUUGAUUAAGGCAGCCCCUUGCACCUCUCUGAUUCAGAGGGGUUGGGUUAAAUGCGGAAGACACAUUUCAGUUAAAUGCAUUCAGUUGUGCAACUGACUAGGUAUCCCCUUUCCACUUCCCCUUAAUAGCCCCAAACAAACAGUCAUUCAGACAAUAUACAGUAAUUUCAAUGCUGUGUCUCAAGAAGAAUAAGGCUCAAUCUUAUGAAGCUGUUAUACCUCAAUAUAAAGCCCCUCAAUAUCCUUGUGGUCCAUCAAUGGCCACAUGAACCCAAAGUCAGAGGGAAUUGAGAAGUGAUCAACUCCAUGAUUCAGAUGUAAGGGAUAGCCAAUAGGGCUGGGACAUCACGAUACGAUAUUAUCACCAUACUUAGGUGCCGAUACGAUAUGUAUUGCGAUUCUCACGAUUCUAUAUGUAUUGCGAUUCGAUACUGUGAUUUGAUGUUCCAAACAUAUUGUAGGGCGUUCACUCACUGCUCUAGAAUGUAGUGAAAUACGGGUAAAUUGAACAGGGUGCUACUAAAUGUUUUCUUUAGCCUAUGCCAUUAUGAAUCACAUACAAUAAAUCAUUAGAUUGUUCUCUACAAUAUUACAACCUUAAUAAGCUUGUACUUAACAGUGUUGAUGAAAUAAGAACGUUUGUUGUGACCGUUGCUAGUUUAGACCGCUCAGCUCUUGGUUGUAUCUCUUCCAUAUUUUGCUGUUGGGAGGUGGUAACAUUUGAAGGUGUUUCCGUGUGUUGGACCAAUCAAAAUCAAUUUGAUACCCUCGUCAUUUUCAUCUCCAAAUCCGUGGCUUUCUAUUCCUCUAACCUCAGUCAACAGGUUUUUAUAAAGUUUUGCAAAUGUAUUAAAAAUAAAAAAACAGAAAUACCUUAUUUACAUAAGUAUUCAGCCCCUUUUCUAUGAGACUCGAAAUUGAGCUCAGGUAAAUCCGGUUUCCAUUGAUCAUCCUUGAGAUGUUUCUACAACUUGAUUGAGUCCACCUGUGGUAAAUUCUAUUGAUUGGACAAGAUUUGGAAAGACACACACCUGUCUAUAUGACAGUGCAUGUCUGAGCAAAAAGGAAUUGUUCGUAGAGUUCCGAGACAGGAUUGUGUCGAGGCACAGAUCUGGGGAAGGGUACCAACAUAUUUAUGCAGCAUUGAAGGUACCCAAGAACACAGUGGCCUCCAUCAUUCUUAAAUGGAAAAUGUUUGGAACCACCAAGUAUCUUCCAAAAGCUGGCCCCCCGGCCAAACUGAGCAAUCGGGCGAGAAGGGCCUUAGUCAGGGAGGUGACCAAGAACCUAAUGGUCACUCUAACAGAGCUCUAGAGUUCCUCUGUGGAGAUGGGAGAACCUUCCAGAAGGACAACCAUCUCUGCAGCACUCCACCAAUCAGGCCUUUAUGGUAGAGUGGCCAGACGGAAGCCACUCCUCAGUAAAAGGCACACGACAGCCUGCUUGGAGUUUGCCAAAAGGCACCUAAAGACUCUCAGAACAUGAGAAACAAGAUUGUCUGGUCUGAUGAAACCAAGAUUGAACUCUUUGGCCUGAAUGCCAAGCGUCACGUCUGGAGGAAACCUGGCAUCAUCCCUACGGUGAAGCAUGGUGGUGGCAACAUCAUAAAUGUGGGGAUGUUUGUCAGCGGCAGGGAUUGGGAGACUAGUCAGGAUCGAGGCAAAGAUUAACGGAGCAAAGUACAGAGAGAUCCUUGAUGAAAACCUGCUCCAGAGCGCUCAGGACCUUAGGCUGGGGUGAAGAUUCACCCUCCAACAAGACAACGACCCUAAGCACACAGCCAAGAUGAUGCAGGAGUGGCUUCGGGACAAGUCUCUGAAUGUCCUUGAGUGGCCCAGCCAGAGCCCGGACUUGAACCCGAUUGAACAUCUCUGGAGAGACCUGAAAAUAGCUGUGCAGCAACACUCCCCAUCCAACCUAACAGAGCUUGAGAGGAUCUGAAGAGAAGAAUGGGAGAAACUCCCCAAAUACAGGUGUCCCAAGCUUGUAGCGUCAUACCUAAGAAGACCCGAUGCUGUAAUCGCUGCCACAGGUGCUUCAACAAAGUACUGAGUAAAGGGUCUGAAUACUUAUGUAAAUGUUAUUUUUCAGUUUUUUAUUUGUAAUAAAUGUGCAAUAAUUUCUAAAAGCCUGUUUUUGCUUUAUCAUUAUGGGGUAUUGUGUGUAGAUUAAUGAGGGAAAAAAACAAUUUAAUCAAUUUUAGAAUAAGGCUGUAACGUAACAAAAUGUGGAAAAAGUCAAGGAGUCUGAAUAAUUUCCGAAGGCACUGUAUAUUAUUUAGUAGGCCUAUAUGUAAAGACAAGAUGACAUUAAGAAUAGUCUGAUGAGUGACAAUACUAUCACUUGUGAAUGAUGUAUUUAUUAUCACUUGUGAACGAUGCCCAGUGUGUGCAGUAAAUCAAGAAACAGCGCACGCCUUUUCUUUGGCGACUUUUUCAAAUCAUAGUCGCACACCUCAUGUAGCCUAGCCCAUAGGCCUAUAUGUUUGAUACGUUUUGUAUCACAACUAAAGCGGCCUAAUAACUUCUUUAAAUGAAGCACAUUAAUCCGCUUUACAACCGGUGUAGAGCCUAACUGGCAUACACUGGAUGACAUGGGUCCCAUUAUGCCUGGCAAAAACCAAACACUGCAUUCCACAGUAAGAGCAUCAUACCAACGGUCAAGCAUGGGGAUGGUUUCGGAAUGCUUUGCUGCCUCAGGACCUGGAUGAUUUGCCUUAAUAGAAGCAACCAUGAAUUCUGCUCUGUGUCAGAGAAUUCUACAGAAGAAUGUCAGGCCAUCCGUCUGAGCUUAAGCUAAAGCGCAGCUGGGUCAUGCAGCAAGACAAUGAUCCAUAACACACAAUCAAGUCUACAUGAAAAUGGCUAAAAAGCAACACAUUUGUAGUUUUGGAAUGGCCUAGUCAAAGUCUAGACCUAAUCCCAAUUGAGAUGUUGUGGCAGGACUUGAAAAAAGCAGUUAAUGCUUGAAAACCCACAAAUGUCACUGAGUUACAGCAGUUCUGCAGGGAAGAGUGGGCCAAAAUUCCUCCACAGCGACGUGAGAGACUGAUCAACAACUACAGGAAGCGUUUGGUUGGAGUCAUUGCAGCUAAAGGUGGCACAACCAGUUAUUGAGUGUAAGGGGGCAAUUACUUUUUCACACAGGGGCAUUGGGUGUUGCAUAACUUUGUUUAUGGAAUAAAUGAAAUAAGUAUGUAAUUGUUGUGUUAUUUGUUCACUCAGGUUCCCUUUAUCUAAUAUUAGGUUUUGGUUGAAGAUCUGAUAACAUUCAGUAUCAAAAAUAUGCAAAAGUAGAGAAAAUUAGAAGGGGGGCAAAUACUUUUUCACAGCACUGUAUAUAAUAUUUCUACAAAUCAAUACUUGGAGUCAAAAAUAUUGAGAUAAUAGCAUCCAAAAUAAUAAUAUGUAACUGUAUUGAUUUUUCCCACCACAUCACUAAUAGCCAAUAGCCCAAACAGUCAUUCAAUAAUAUAGUGAGUAGUUCUCUCUCUCAUUCAACAAAUAUAAAGACUUCUCCAACUUCCCCCACAUCUCAAGAACAAGGCUCAAUCUUGUACAGAUGAUAUGAAGGUCCCUCAAUAGGCACUUGAAACAAAUUCUGAUGGAAUUGAGAAGCUAGCUCCAGUACAUUUCGAAAUAACGGCUGCUGUGAGGGGGAAAAGCUGAGCACUUGAGAUUAUGAAAUUAGCUUCUCAGUGUUGGAGCAGAGCUGUGGAGCCGAUGAGGCGCUUGGUUAUUUUUUUUUUUUCUCUCUCUCUCUCUCUCUCUCUCUCUCUCUCUCUCUCUCUCUCUCUCUCACUCUCUCUCACUCUCUCUCACUCUCUCUCACUCUCUCUCUCUCUCUCUCUCUCUCUCUCUCUCUCUCGCUCUCUCUCUCGCUCUCUCUCUCGCUCUCGCGCUCUCUCUCUCCUCUCUCUCUCCUCUCUCUCUCUCCUCUCUCUCCUCUCUCUCCUCCCUCCCUCUCAGGCGCUACAGAGCGGCUCUGCGGAAAAGCCUGAAUAAAAUACGACAGCUGUUCCAGCGCCCUCUGAAGAACUGCCGCCCACAGAGCACCGCCAUCCAACUGGAUAUAGUGAGCCAAGAUAACAACUUCUCCAACCCAUCACUCUUGUCAGAAACCAACUCCAAAACAGGGUCACCAGAGGCCAAGUCCAUGUCAGAGGUGACUAUGGAGGAUCAUAAAGACACUAUACUGGACCAGGACUCUGUCACCAUGGAGCAGUCUGGAAAACUAGCCUGA